CUAAGCCAGGUCAUAGAUUUUAAAUCGAUAAGUUUGCCUUUUAUGAUUUACUGUAAUCCCAGAAAAGGCAUGUCUGCAUUAGGUAUCUUGUUGACUUUUAUCCAUCAUUUAUUUGAUAGCUUUAUAGAGUCCUUUUCAAUGGCCACAACUUGGUUGAGUUCAUGCACCUAAUCUCUAGAUUCUAGGGUCACGGCCUUUGGUGGCAGCUUUGUUCUUUUUUAGUAGAGUUUGUAAACAACGACGUCCAGUGGAAUUGUUUCCGUCAUUUUUGCGGUUCAAUAUUUGAUUUUCUGAGAAAACCGUCAUUUGUCGAGAGCAGUGUACAUCUCUUCGCUGAUCUGGGCAAAGACGGGCUGUGGCAAUUCCGCGUGUUUAUGCUCGGUAAAUACACUGCAAAAAGCCGCUUUUUAUGUUUACAUUCUUGUCUAGUUUCCUGGUCUCUGCAUAUGUCAUAUUCAUUAUUCAAUGAAGUUUAGCGCGCCGAAUAAUGGUGGUAAUGCGUUGGUUUGUCCAUGUGGUCCUUUUGGAGUGCUUCUUCGUUUCAUUCGCUUGCAGUAAAACCAUCAACUUUGAACUUCAGGGAGAGCAAGGCAGUUUCACAAGCCCGAACUACCCUUCAACCUAUCCAGUCAAUGUGACGGUUCUAUGGGUGAUCAGUGCACCUCAAGGCACAGUUAUAAAACUGAACUUUACAGAAUUCAAAAUAGAGACAAACAAAAAAUGUUUAUAUGACUAUGUAUUCAUAGCAAAUGCCGAUGGAGACCGGACUAAAAGGUAUUGCGGAGAGCGGCUCCCUCCCGGGUACACUUCGGACAAUAACAAGGUUUUGGUAACUUUCGUUUCUGAUAAGACUACUGCAAAUAAAGGGUUCCGCGCCAGAUGGAAAGCAUAUCCUUUAAAAGGAGGUCGAACAACACCAUCAUUUGCCACGCCACCACCAGCUAAAUGUUAUACACAAGUAACCAUAACAAUGAAAGAAAAAGGUUGCAAAGAGACUCUAAAGACAGCUGUAGUGACAACAGGGGUCUCAUGUAGCUGUUCAUCUCCAACGGAAACGACAGUAGUUAAAAGGGUAUAUGCGACACCUUCAACCAGUGCACCACCAAACAUAGGCACAACAUCCUACGCUGCAACACACGUUCUUGGAAAGAAAAUUUCUAAUGAGAUAUCAAAGAAUGAUUCAGAAACGAGCUGCUCGCCAGGAUCUCAAAAAUAUGAAAAAGAAUUCAAAGGAGAAAAGAAUGAGGCAUUAGUCAUUUGGUUGGGAGCCCUUGUGGCUGCGUUCUUCUUUACUGACGUCCUUCUCUUAUUCCUUUGGUGCCGUUUGAAUAAAAGGAGAAGUCAAAGCCGUAAUAGGCCAUGUCAAUCUGAAGUAUCUGCGGUGGAGUUGAAAAUUGUUGGCGGAAAGGUGACUUCACCGUCCAGAUCAAAACCACGGAGAGUAAAAGUGUGUGAAAAGAAGAGGGCGAGAAAGAGUCCGUCACACAAUCGCCGGUUGAUUGAUACGAAUGGAAAUUCUAGCAGGGAUAAAGGUACUAGCGGGAUAUUAAAAGGGAAACAUUCCAUACUGUCACAGGAUCACUCUCGGUUUGUGUCUAGUGCACAUGCGCAAUGAAACAGAAUGUGAGAUCUCCUUCGUGCAGCUAGACAAAUUCAUGAAAACCAAGGUUUUCAUUGAGAUGCCUCGGUUGGCCAGCCGAAAACGAGGAAAGAUGCCACUCAAAGACCUGUUCCAAGUGACAUUGCUUUCUUGCACUGUCAACAGAAACAUUUAGAACUGGGUGCAUGAAUCCUCAAGCACUGUUCUGUGCAAUUCAUAACAUUGCUCCUCCAUUUUACAUUCGUUUGUUACAGCAUUGAGCAGAUUUUGUUAGUCUUUCGUGUACUCACAAAUUGAAUAAUAGUUAUGAAAAAUAUGGGAGCCACACCUCAUUGGCACCAUUUGAAUUUUAGUGAAUUUUAGUGCUAUGUAAGUAAUACCGCUCUUUGGGGGCAAGUCUUAAAAAUUACCUGAUCAUUCCUUGCUCAGUACAUGUUUAUCGAUUUGUAAAGUAUGUAAUGCAGAUCCUGUUGAUGUAAGUUGGGACACGAACCCUCCUAUAACCAAUUUAAGUACCGCCACUAGAAGAGAGUGUUCUUGGCACAGAUGUAAUAAGCGCAAGUUCUAUGACCAAGUUAUCUAAUUUCAUACUUUCCUCUGGGCAGUCGUUAGAGGACUGAAACAAGCUUUGAGGACACAAGCUUCUGAUAACUCAAACUGUAUUUUAUGCUUUAUGAAUCUUCAUGGUCAGAUUCCCAAAUAACGUUCGUUAACUCUAAGAAUUGUAGUCAUUCAAUAGGAGGAUCGAGAUAUCCUUUUUUAGUAUACUGUAGUAAACUGUAGUUUGGCUAUAGAUAUUGUAGUAAACUAUGGUAUACUGUAUACCUUCAAGAUAUACAUACCUUAGAACAGUGUUAUUUUCUUUAAAACUGUAGCUUUGUGAUGUUCUUUAAAAAAUCAAGCCCUAACCCUAACCCUAACCUAGGGUUAUGCCUUGGGAUAUUCCUAUCAAUGAGGUAGCCGAAACUAUCGAAGGAUUCGCAAAUUUAUUUUUAAUUUACUAGCUGAUGGGCGCCAAUUAGAAACCUAAGAGACAUUGAUCGAACAAAUUUAAACUUUUCCAAAGAUUGAAAAACAUUUCCAGCUGCGUGAUUGUCUUACAGAUUAAAAAAUCUUGGAUUACACGUUUCCUUUUAAAGUUAGUCUCCAUAGCAAAAUAAUACUGUUUUUUGCUUAACUUUUUGUUGGAUGAUAAUUGAGAGUGCAAUGCUGCAGUUGCUUUAUAAAAGAGUUACCAAAAGUAGAAGUUUGUUUGCAAUUGUUUGGUUGUUUGGUUGCAUUUCAUAAAUUAUUUGAUAAUCGUCCAUUCCUGCCUUUUCAAAGAACUGUCAAAUCAAAAGGAUCCAUUAUCCAUUUCACUUUUUUGUUCUGUUUUCGAAGUAUUUAUGCUAAUAGAUAAGGUUUGUACAUGAAAUGUGUUUAUAAAAUUACCUUUGUUAAUUUAAAAUGUGUUGUGAUGUUGCAUGACUCAUUGUACGGAAAAA